GUUUAAUAUCCUUAAUAAUAGUUUCAUACUAAUAAUUCAUUAUAAAUUUACAAGAAAAAUGGCAAAAUUACUGUCCAAUGAUCAUAUUUCUGAUAUUUUUAUAAAUUUAUCACAACAUGUUGUUAUUCGCAUUAAACGACAAAACGUCCUCCUUGAAGAGGAUGAAUUCUGGAGACAAAUCUAUUAUGGCAAUAUUGAGGAUGAAGUUUUUAUGGAAAUGGAUAGGGUACAUCACAAAGUUUCGCCAAUAGCUCAGAAUAUGAGAUUAUCUGUAAAUAAUAGACACAAAUUGAAACUCAACAAGAGACCGGAUAUUCAAGCUGAGGUUCUUUCCUCCAUAUCACAAUCGAAUAGUGGGAAUGCUAGCAGGGGUCCUAGUAGUAGCCUUGACAUUAUGGAAUCUUCUAUUAAUGGUAAUUCUGAAAAUGAGGAAAAUACUGAGUCAGCUACAUCACUUAAUGUGAAAAGAAGAUCUUAGAAAUCUUAAAAAAUGUGGCUAACGCUUUUCAAACACUUCUUUUACAUAACUAGCCCUUAAUUAGCCAGAUUUUU